AUGGCUAUAAUAGCUAUAUAUCACAAGUUAAGAAGGAUUGCAAAUCAUCUUGAAAACCUCCAAGCUGAGAUUAUCUUGCUCCAACAGCGAAAUGCCUCCCUUAAGGCUCAGAACGAAGCUAUUUCGAAGACCCGAAAGCGCAAGAAGAUCCCCAAUCCUAACAAACGCUUUAUAAUUAUUUCAGAGGCACUUUCAGCUGGAGAAGAGGCCAACACAGCCCAGGAAGAGAAUGGUUUGCCUGCUGAGGAUAUUGUAGAGGUUCAAGACGAGAUUAACGAGGAGGACUCUGAGAACGAUAAUGCAAACAUUUCACGUGGCAAUUGUAUGGGCCAUUUCGCAUUUUAG